UUUCAAACUACUGCAUCUAACCCGGUUUGAACAGAUUUUGAACAUAUUGAAUUGGUAAAGACAAAAACCGGUUAAGAAAUACCGGGUUUGGACUAGGGUUUCGAGAUUUCGGGGUCUUAUGAUAAGGAGGUGAGAAUCGGCACAUCUGCUACUGAGAAGCGAUGGAGAAAGCGAAGAGGGCACGGCCGAGAGACGAUUACGACGAAAGACGAGGCGGUGCUCCAUCGCCGGAAGCUCCCUGUCUUCCACCAGAGAUCAUAAGGGAGAUUCUCCUUCGAUUACCCGCAAAAUCGAUCGGCCGGUUCAGAUGCGUCUCUAAGCUCUUUCGCUCUAUCUCAUUGGCUCCUGAGUUUGCGAAGACCCACCUCGGUCUUUCCCUUCGAAACGACACCUUCCGAUCAGGUCGGCGAAGGCUCAUCGUGUGUCGCCGCGAUCUCUACAUGGUAGAUUUCGAUUCCAUAGUUGAUACGUGCGACGGGAUUGAGGAUUUGGAUGAUGUUGAGAUCCCUGAGUCUCCUGUCAUGUCUGAUCUGGUCUCGUCGUGUUAUCAGGAAGGUUACUGGGUUCAAAUGGUGGGGUCUUGUAAUGGGUUGGUGUGUACAACUAAUGAUAACAACGACGUGUUCUUGUUCAAUCUGACCACUGGAGAAUCUAAGGAAAUCCCGAGUUUGCUCGAAUUUCUAAAAUCGAAGUCCAAACAGGGGAGAGUCUAUGUGCUUGGGCUCGGGUUUGAUGCUAUAACCAAUGAUUACAAGGUGGUGGCGCUUGUCUCGGGUGAUGUUCAGAACGUUACUGUUUAUUCCCUCAAGACAGAUUCUUGGAAAUGGGUCGGGGGUUCACGUCAUGGAUAUUACGGUCCUGCCAGCGGUCUUUUUUUCAAUGGUGCAAUCCAUUGGGUUGCAAAGCAUCUAGAGGGUGGUCGGAGAGUUGUAGUGGCAUUCGAUCUAACGACUGAACAGUUCAAAGACAUGGCUCUCCCUGAUAAAGCCAAGGAUUCCCCACAUGGGUUCCUUCAGCUCCAUACACUCAAUGGCAGACUCUGCAUGGUUUACAGAUGCAAUUUCGACUAUGAAUAUAAUGAUUUCUGGGUGAUGAAUGAGUAUGGGGUGGCCAGCUCUUGGGCCAGAGUUAAGAUCAGCGAGUGGUACAUGUCCAUGAAGCCGCUGUGUUCUGCUAACAAGGAAGAGGAAACUCUUAUGGAACUGAAUGGAGAGUUGGUGCUGUACAAUUUCAGGAAUGAUACCUUUACAUCAUUGUCCGUUAAAGAUGCCAAGCUGCGCAGAGGAUUUGAGGCCGAUACAUACAUAGAAAGCCUCGUAUCGCCAAACUCAAUAGGGUAGGGGCUAAGGAGGCAUACAUAGUCGUCCGAAACGUCGGAGAAGGAUUUUCCUCGGAAUAAAUCUGUGUUCAGAGGUGCAUGAUCCGGGAUCAAUUUCAUCAUCAUCAUCACCUUAUGGUUCAUGAGGGGCUGUUGCAGAUACAUAUUUGGGGAGUCUUGUAUCAGCGGAAGAUAUCUGCUUCUUUGGCCAUGUAAUACACGAUUUCGUUUACUGAUUCAUAUAGCUCAGUGAGGAUAUCACAAAACAAGAGUUUAUAUUUGUAAGUUAAAUCAAUCACCAGGUACAAAAAAUGUCUUUUUGAAGUUUUUGGGAGAAAUGUGUGUGUAUAUAUAUAUAUAUGUGUGUGUGUGUGUAUUUACCAUGAAAAGUUGUAAUUACCAAGCGAUUCAACGCUAAAGUUGUCAACUUUUCGUGGAUA